UUGAAACUGAAGGUCUUCUAUUUUUGAGUACUUGGUAUUUUCAGACUCAAGGAAUAGUUGAUUUGGUCGGAAGACGGAUUACUGUUUUUUCUUUCCUAUAAAUCGUCGGAGACGGAUUAAGUUUUGAAUCUGAGACCGUGAAACUUACUUUAAGAGGACAAUGGAUUCAUUUUCGUGAACGGAUUGGAUUUCAAGAUUGUUCUCUCUUCAGUCAGUAACCGGGGAUUACAAGACCCGUAUCGGCGAUGAUUUCUAGAAGUUGUUGCACCUCCUGGAGACAAGUUUUGCAAUAAGUAUUGGCAAUUAGUUGAUACUUGUAUCCCCAAGAUGUGCAGGAUGCAGGAUGCGAAAAUGCACCAAAAAUGAGGCACAGAUCCAAUGAGUGCUGUUUGUUCAAAUAAUGCCACGCAAUAAUUUAAACGAAGAAGAAUGUAAUCAAUCAAUCAUGUGAAGACGACCGGAUCAGUAAUCUCUCUAACUUGAGGGUUGGAAGUAUGUGGAGUGAGGGGAAGGAAUAUAGUGAUUACACUUCAGAUGGAAAAGGAAGUUUUUCUGGAACCCGAUCCAACCAGAUCUCUGGAACACGUUCCAGUCCCACCUGGGAACAAGGAUAUACAGAGCUGAUGAUGUAUGACGACCCAGGGGAUCCAGACUAUCUGGGACACCUGGAGAACAUCAAGAACCAGGACUACUUAGCAAACCAAGAGAACCAGGAGAACCGGGGUCAUCUUGAAAACCUGGAUCAGAUGUAUGAUUCAGAGUUCUUCAAUUGUACACAGGACAACUUCACCUUGUUUACAAACAUAUCCAACUGUACUGCAGCAAAUAGUACACUAACAGAUGGGGAUUGGUACAAGACGGAACAGUUAACGUUCCUUGGUCUACUCCUGAGUAUAAUAGUUCUUGGGAACUCUAUGGUUCUCGUGGCUCUCCUCUCUUCCAAAGCCCGGAAAUCUAGAAUGAAUUUCUUCAUAAUGCAUUUAGCUGCAGCAGAUCUAUCUGUUGGGUUCUUAUCUUCAAUGCUUAGUAACAUUUUGCUAGUCACAUUUUGUCUAGUCACAUUUUUCCUGGGUAACAGUUUGUCUAGGUUUGUUCAAUGUAUUGUGACCUAUGGAUCAACAUAUGUUCUGGUAGCUCUGAGUAUAGACAGAUACGAUGCUAUCACACAUCCGAUGAACUUCACAGGAAGUUGGAGGAGAGCAAAACUGUUGGUUCUAGCAUCCUGGAUACUUAGUAUUAUAUUCUCUCUUCCCAUCCUUCUAUUCUACGAUAUCUACGAACAUAAAGACUACGGAACACAAUGCUGGAUUGAUUUCCCUGAAGCCUGGCACUGGAAGCUAUACAUGACACUCAUAGCUAUCACACUCUUUCUACUCCCAGCUAUCUGUAUAGCUACUUGCUACACAGUUAUAGUCAGAACAAUCUGGGACAAGAGCAAGCUUAUGCAGCCUCCCACAUACUCAUCUCCUACUUCAAGUAAAGUGCCCCUAACUGAAGCACGAAGGAAGAGGAUUGCUCUAGAAAGUGACCCCGACUGUAGAAGAGCUAGCUCCCGCGGAUUAAUUCCCAAAGCCAAAGUGAAGACGAUUAAAAUGACAUUCGUCAUUGUAUUUGUUUUUAUUCUCUGCUGGUCUCCGUAUAUAAUCUUCGAUCUUCUCCAGGUGUAUGGUAUAAUUCAGCGAAGUGAUCUAAACAAUAUAAUUGCAACAUUUGUGCAAAGUCUUGCUCCUCUCAACUCUGCAGCUAAUCCUUUUAUCUUCUGUCUCUUCUCAACUAAUAUUGGGAAAUAUAUCAGUAACUGGUGGUGUGUGCGCAAAUGCCAAACUGCAUGCUGCUGCACGUGCUGCAAAAGAGAAGACGACACCAAUAUGGCGACCAGCACAAUGCGCACUACUUCCACGCAUGUUUCAUCACACAAUACAGUGAGUCAGAGCGGGACCAGUGGAGUGUAUAAUACUAGAAGACAAAGCAAUCUUCACUCCACUCACAUAAAUUCUAGUCACAAUCAUGCAAUCUGCCAACCAAUCAUCAGCGCAGCAACAAUAGCUGUUCAGAGAUUUUAAGAGCAGUGUGUUGGUUUAUUUAUUCUAGUUAUUAAACCUGCUUUAUGAGUAAAUAAAGCUGAAAAGUUCUGUAAAAUAAUUAACCACACAAUCAGCUAUUCCAUUAAAGUAUGAGAUAAGGAUAGAUAUCAGAACAAUUACAUCAUAUGGUUAUUAUUUUGGUUCUGCCAAUCACUGUAGGAAUUUGAUUUGUGACAGCCAAUUACAAACAAGUUAAAAAUCGCUCAGCCAAUCACAGAAGAGUUUGUUUAUAUUUCGGCCAAUCAGAGUGAUUGUGAAGACUUUGUUUCUUACAUUGUCCAAUCAUGGAAGUUAUUAAACAAAACAAAUUUACAUUUGCAAAAGACAAAGGUAUAAUCAAUUGAUGUGAAAAUUCUACGUGUAUUAUUAAAAAUUUUGUAAAUUAAUGUAAUUGUAUUAUAAUGUUUUGUCAAAAACAUUUCGUAUUUCUUGGAACUAAUUUAGAAAAAUUCUUUCGAAGGAAAAUUGCUUUCAAUUAUUUCAAAUGUCGACAUUAUGAAUCUUAUUGUUAAAGAGCAUUUCGCCUGAAAUUUGACAAUAUUAGACAAUUUACUCAAAUUUUUAUAGGCACUUAGAACAACUUAGGCUCAAGCUUAUUGUUGACUUUUAAAGCAUUUGCCCAGAAACUAAAAACUGCCCAAAACAUAAUUUUUUCAUAUUUAUAAAUUUGCACACAUAACAAGCUUAACGCGCGUCCAUGAGACUAAUAAAAUAAAAUUAAAAUUAUUGGACUUUAAAAAUACAGGACACUAAUUUAGAAUUCUUGAUCCUACAGUGAAAAAAGUUUAGGAAUUGAGUUCUUGCUACAAACUGAAAUUGUAAUCCUUAUAUCUUUGCAACUUGAAUGUGCAGACUGUAGGCCUUUAAUAAGUCAAACUUAUAUUAGUUGAACUUACAAAAUUCAAAGCUUAAAAUAUCUAAGGACUACGACGUUGGGUUGCAAAGAUAUAUUGAUUGGAAAAAUUAGGGUUUGUGGCAAGGACUCAUUCCUUUCCAAAAACUUUAUUUUAGAGUAAUCUUGACUUUUGAAUUCGAAAAAAAGGAUUUCUCUGAGAAAUGUUAUCAAUGGGUAGGUUUUAAGUUAGAAAUUAAAGAAUUGUUAACGAAAAAUUUAAUGUGUGUUAAAUAUGUAAUGUUUUAUAUCUAUAUAAUCAAUUAUAACAUUAAACGUAAUAUAUGUAUAAGUCAAUGUAUAAUGGUAAUAUUUUUCAAUCCACAAUUUGACAUUUCUAAGAUCAUAGAGCAAUCAUCUGUCCUUUGAUAUUUUUUGACAUUACCAUAACAUCGGGAGUUUUAAAAAAUUUGUCGAUUUUUAAUCAGAUACCUUACCGUUAAGUAAACUUUGUGAAAUUUUCUCUCAAACUCUAUGACAAAAUAAAAUAAAUGUUUUAUUUUUAACAUGUAAAAAUAUUAAGUAACAAACUACUUGAUAAUUAAUAUUAAACAUAUGUAUUAAAUGUUAAAAAAAUAGAAUCAGAAUUAAGAAUGUGAUUUUUCAAAUCACAUUCUUAAUUGUCGAAAUAUGGUUCAUAUUUGAUUCAAUGUUGUGUGCCAGUGCCAGUAAUCAAUAUUUAUGUAGACAGCUUGUGUCAUGUGAUUGACAGCUGCAAGAUCUUCUAGUGCUCGACUUAAGGAG